AUGGUCAAUUCAUAUAUAGUGUAUUCUAAGGGGCUUAGUCUGGAAAUGGUGAAAAAUUCUGAACCGAAAAGAACAGAUUCUACUAUACCUGAGUUUAAAAAAUCGCGAUACUUCGAAACCAUGCAAUGGCUUGAUUUGGUUCUUGAAAGUUAUGAUCGUGCAUACAGCAAUAUGGUUCGCGUUCAGCAAUUAUCAGAAUUGGAGGAGGUCAUUGAUUAUUGUACUCUUCCUGUGGGAAACACUAUUGCCGAGGGCCGAAGGGCUCUUAUUCGUAACAUGUGGAAUGAACGAAUAAAAGGAACGAAGCGGAAUGUUGAGGUCUGGGAAGCACUUUUGGCAGUCAGGUCUCUUGUUCUACCACCCACUGAGGAUGCGGAGACAUGGAUCAAGUUUGCUUCUCUGUGUCGUAAAAGUGGCAGACUUAGUCAAGCUAGAUCGACUUUAAUUAAGCUUUUACAGUUUGAUCCUGAAACAACUCCUGAAACUGUACGGUAUCAUGGGGAUCCUCAAGUAAUUCUAGCUUAUUUGGAAUACCAGUGGUCACUUGGAGAGGAUAACAGGCGUAAAGAAUCCUUCACUCGACUGCAGGAGUUGGCCAUAGACCUCUCAAGAACUCCAGUUCUUCAACAAGCUUCACAGUCCAGCUCAUUGGGUAGUUCAAAUGUACCUCUCCUUGCCUGUGUAUAUCUUAAACUAGGAAAUUGGCGGCGGGCCCUUUCUCCGGGUUUGGAUGACGAUUCUAUUCAAGAAAUUCUUAAUGCGUUCCGAAGUGCUACUCAAUGUGCAACAAAGUGGGCGAAAGCUUGGCAUACAUGGGCUCUAUUCAAUACAGCAGUAAUGUCUCAUUAUACACUCAGAGGUUUCCCCAAUGUUGCUGGACAGUUUGUUGUUGCAGCAGUGACUGGAUAUUUUCACUCCAUAGCUUGUGCUGCACAUGCCAAAGGAGUGGAUGAUAGUUUGCAGGAUAUUUUACGUCUCCUCACUUUGUGGUUCAACCAUGGAGCUACUUCAGAGGUCCAAAUGGCAUUGCAGAAAGGAUUUUCGCUUGUUAAUAUCAACACGUGGUUGGUUGUUUUGCCUCAGAUAAUUGCGAGGAUACAUUCCAAUAUCCAUGCUGUCAGGGAACUAAUACAAUCAUUCAAUUUACGCAAAGCUGCAGCUCAUGAAGUGGUUGAUAAAGUUAAACGGCAUAGUGGUGCACUGGUGGAUCAGGCUGAACUUGUGUCCAAGGAGUUGAUAAGGGUUGCAAUUCUUUGGCAUGAGAUGUGGCAUGAUGCAUUGGAAGAGGCAAGCCGCUUAUAUUUUGGGGAACAUAACAUUGAGGGAAUGCUAAAGGUGUUUGAGCCAUUACAUGAAAUGCUUGAGGAAGGAGCAAUGGGGGACAAUACCACCAUAAAAGAGAAAGCCUUCAUUCAGGCAUACCGCCAUGAAUUGUUGGAAGCAUAUGAAUGCUGCAUGAAAUAUAGAAGAACUGGAAAAGAUGCUGAACUUACUCAGGCUUGGGAUCUCUAUUACCAUGUAUUCAGGCGGAUUGAUAAGCAGCUUCAAACUCUCACCACUCUGGAUUUGCAGUCUGUUUCCCCAGAACUGCUGGAGUGCCGGGAUUUGGAGCUGGCGGUUCCUGGAACUUAUAUAGCAGAUUCACCAGUGGUGACAAUUACAUCAUUUUCACCCCAGCUUUCUGUGAUCUCGUCGAAACAACGACCUCGUAAGUUGACAAUUCUUGGGAGUGAUGGAGAAGAGUAUACUUUCUUGCUGAAGGGGCAUGAAGAUUUACGACAAGAUGAACGUGUCAUGCAGCUGUUCGGUUUAGUUAAUACUCUGCUGGAGAACUCUAGGAAAACUUCAGAAAAAGACCUCUCUAUUGAAAGAUAUGCUGUCAUUCCACUAUCUCCGAACAGUGGACUGAUAGGAUGGGUUCCAAAUUGUGACACCUUGCACUAUCUCAUCAGAGAGUAUAGGGAUGCCAGAAAGAUCACCCUAAACCAAGAGCAGAAGCUAAUGCUUAGUUUUGCUCCAGAUUUUGAUCAUUUGCCUCUUAUAGCGAAGGUGGAGGUGUUUGAGUAUGCUCUGCAUAAUACAGAAGGCAAUGAUCUGUCAAGGGUUCUCUGGUUAAAGAGUCGCACUUCAGAGGUCUGGCUGGACAGGAGGACAAACUACACAAGAAGUUUGGCCGUCAUGAGUAUGGUUGGUUACUUGCUUGGAUUGGGUGAUCGACAUCCAAGUAACCUUAUGCUGCAUCGUUCCAGUGGGAAGAUAUUGCAUAUUGACUUUGGAGAUUGCUUUGAAGCAUCAAUGAACCGGGAGAAAUUCCCUGAAAAGGUCCCCUUUCGGCUUACUAGAAUGCUUGUUAAAGCUAUGGAGGUCAGUGGUAUUGAAGGAAAUUUUCGCUCGACUUGUGAGAAUGUCAUGCAUGUUCUGCGUACAAAUAAAGAGUGUGUUAUGGCCAUGAUGGAGGUACAGUCUGAAUCUGCUCUUACUUAUCUUUUGAAUGUAGUGGUUUGA